AUGACGGUGGAUGGUUAUGAUGGCGAGCGGACCGACUGGUGGUGUUAUGUUUUGGCAGAGGCAGCACCACUUACUCGGGUACCAAAAGUUUGGAUUCCCAAGCGUCUAUGGGACAAGCCCGAGAUCAACAUUGCUGCCUUGGUGUCAGGAUAUGUCAGCGAGCCAGAAUUCCCAGGCUCUGCCUUGAGGCUGUCCCAAAUAAAGGGAUACCCCAACGGCCAUAUCCAAAUGUUGAUACCUACAGAAAUGGUUCAGGCCAACGCAUUGAGUACUAGCGCGUAUUGCUACAGAAACAAAGCGCAGUUGCCCUAUAAGCAGCCUGUAUCAUACGACUGGCAGGGGUUCCGUAAUCAACAAUAUUAG